AUGGAACAAGCAAGCGGUGAUCAGAAGGACAUCUCUUCAUAUCUAAGGGAGCUGCCAACAGAAGACAUUGAGAAGGACCAAGUGGAGGUUCAGGCCAGCCUGCUGUCACGGGUGGCCGGAAGCUUUCUCGGAGCGACCAAGGGGGCUGUCGGGGCCACGAUGGGCGGAGUGGCCUGGCUGGGCAUCAAAGGCUACACCGUAACCAGGACAACCGUCACCGCGGUGCCCUCAUUGGGCAUCGGACUCAUCAGAGGCGGGGCCUCCAGCCUGGUGGGCGGGGCCUCCGCAGUGGGAUCCGCGGUCAAGAGCAAAGUCCCAUUCCCCAGCAAGAGGAAAGACAAAUCGGAUUGA